CGGGACAGAGGAAACCCUAUCGACAACUUUAUGGACACCGAGUUGAUACCAAGGUAUCGUUUUCCAAGGCGAUCAAUAACUGGACUAACUGAUUUAAUCAAAGAUAGAGUACAACAUCCCACCUCUAGAUCCCAUGCCAUCCCUGCACUUGUACAAGUCUUUGUAACUUUGCGAUUUCUGGCAAAGGGAGAUUAUCUCUCUGAGGUUGCAGACAUGCAUGGUAUUUCCUUAUCCUCUGCCUCAAGGAUCAUUCAUAGUGUGUGCUCUGCACUUUGUCUCUGUCUCGACAAUAUAAGAUUCCCAACAUCCCAGCAAGAGCUGAAGAAAGUGAAGGACGAGUUCUUCAACAUACAGGGAUUUCCAAAUGUUGUUGGAGCCAUAGAUGGUACACUUAUCCCCAUCCAAGGCAUGGCAGGUGAUGAGGAACCUACUUUCAUUUGUCGGAAAGGGUUCCAUGCAGUUAACAUACAGGCAGUGGCAGUGGCUGAUCUCAGUUUUACCAACAUUGUGGUAAGAUGGCCAGGAUCCACCCAUGACACCUUCAUUCUGGCUAAUUCCUACUUUCCACAAAUCAUGGGAGGAGUGAAUGGAUGGCUCCUAGGUGACUCUGGCUAUCCCCUGAAGACAUGGUUGCUGACACCAUUUGCCCAGCCAUCCAACCAGCAGGAGCAGCGGUACAACUCCUCUCAUUGCUCGACGAGGAAUGCUGUCGAGAGAGCUUUUGGCGUUCUCAAGAGCAGAUUUAGAUGCCUUCACAAAACCGGUGGUAGCCUGCAAUUCAGGACAGAGAAGUGCAUUAAAAUCAUUGAAUGCUGCUUUAGGCUGCACAACAAGGCCAUUAGUAAGAGGGUGCCCCUGCAGGCAGGGAACAAUGCUGUGCCAGUGUACCACAACCAUGAUCUCUACAAUGGAAAUGAUAAUGAUGGAUUUGCCUUGAGACAAAGAAUGUUCAUCGAUUUUAAACAUCAUUAG